AUGCAUGGUUGGCGUCGUGCAGGGGAUGGCAUCGCAUUCGGUCCCAUUUUCGAGGCGUCACCCAACCCCAGACCCGCGUCUGCUUGGGCCGCGCACGCAGUGCUGGUCGCGUGGCGCAGCCGCCGCGCGACCGCCAUCCGCCUGCUCGCGCCGUUCCUGUUCCUGCUGCUGGCGCUCAUCAUCAACGCCGCGCUGGAGGCCAACAACGCCAGCCAGAUGCGCGUCAAGGACGCGGCCGCGCCAGGCGUGGUGGAGAUGGGUGCGGUGCCCAGCUGCCACCAGGACCUGUUCAUAGGGCCGGCCAAGGAGUGCGUGGACUUUGUGUUCACGCCCACGGGGGACCGAGACGUGGAUGUGAGCGGCCGCGCGCGCGAUGGGCGUCACUUGCAUGACAAAGACACGGCGGACUUUGCCGUUGGGACCUCAUAA